AUGAGUGAUGAUAUGUCGAUUAUUAUCACUCAUUCUGCAUGCGACCCUGAGAAGGUGCAACCCGCAAGGUGUCACCUAUCCUACCUGUUGGCCCACUCGAGCAACCUCCCCUAUCCAUUCCACGUAACCUCCCCCACUCAAGUGCCCUUCUUUCCUGCAAAGACGCCAUUUUUGAUGAUAAAUGUCGAGUUAUGUAAGACCCCUACACCCGAUGAAAAUGAAUUGUUGCAGGGUGAGCUGAGAAGCAACAGAGGGUUCAUCCGAGAUAUCAUCUUCAAAUGCUUCGCUCCAGCUAACCUGUCCUGCUCGAGCACACUAUACUUCCCGGGUUACUUCUUUAAUGUGUUUUACUUGGUGGUGGGUCUGUCCCAGUUAUUUCCACAGUUUGUUAUUGGCCCUUUGUUUACGUAUCUGGCGCCGCUUGUAUUCGUGGUGACGAUGAGUGUGUUGAAGGAAGCGUUGGACGAUUACAAGAGGUAUUGUCGUGACCGGGAGUUGAAUUCCCAGCUCUACGAAUUAUUAGUAUACCCGCAGGAUAGACAGGAUCGUCGUCGAAGCCAGUUGCGACCAGACGAUUUGGAGGAGGAGGUUCCGGAGGUUGCACAGUUCCGGGCAAGCGAUAUACGAGUAGGAGAUGUAUUACGGUUGCACACCGGUCAGCGCGUACCAGCGGAUUGCAUUUUGAUAAAGACUUUUAAUCCAGAAGGAACAUGCUUUAUCCGUACCGAUCAAUUGGAUGGUGAGACGGAUUGGAAGUUGAAACGAGCCUUGGGUGUGACCCAAUCGCGUUCGAUUAAAGAGAUGGUCAACACGCGAGGCACAAUCGAUAUCGAGGCACCCCGGAAAGACAUCUACAACUUCCUGGGCACGUGCAGUAUUGUACCGGCAACGGGUGAAGCUCCGACAGAUAAUAUGACGAACAACUUAUCGGGCGCCGUGUCGAGUAAUGCACUAUCUGGUGCGGUGUCUACCGUUCGAGAAGGUGAGCAAAUUCGAGAACCUCUGUCAACGGACAACACAUUGUGGACAAACGCAAUUAUGACAUCCGGUCCUGUGUUGGCGUUGGUGAUUUUCACGGGUGAGAAUACGCGUGCGGCAAAACACCGCGGUGUGGCGGAGCCGAAGAUUUCCGCUUUCGAUUUGGACAUUAAUCGCAUGUCCAAGUUACUGUGCGCUAUCCUAUGUCUGGCAGCAUUUAUACUGACGUUAGGCAAGCCUUUGAACCCGCUUAGUCCCGUUUAUCUGGUCCGUUUCAUCCUCUUACUCUCCUCUAUCAUUCCCAUAUCUCUACGUGUAAACUUUGAUAUCGCUAAGCUGGUGUACAGUUAUUUCGUACAUAAUGAUGGCGAGAUUCCCGGGACAAUUGUGCGUAACUCUACUCUGCCAGAGGAACUGGGCCGCAUUGGAAUCAUUGUCUCUGAUAAAACUGGCACACUGACUCAAAACAAAAUGUCGCUCCAAAGCAUUGUCUGCGCCAACAAAGUCUACAACGUCUGCGCCAACAGCGUCGCCAUUGCCGUCAACUACGGCAAAACCCCCUACCGCAACAGGGACCGUAGCGAAUACAGCAACGACCGUAGUCUUGAAACUGGAGGUGGUCGAGGUCUCGGCGCCGGUGGUCGAGGUCUCGGCGCCGGUGGUCGAGGUCUCGGCGCCGGUGGUCGAGGUCUCGGCGCCGGUGUGAUCCCGAUUUCGCAGCUGCCCUACAACGGUCCCGUGCUCAAGUUGAAUCCCAUGACGGAUGCGGACUAUUUUAUGAACAGCGUGAUGGCCAUCAGUCUGUGUCAUUCGGUGCUGCCUGCGUAUGACUACGAUACCAAGGCGGUCGUGUACGAGGCCUCUUCACCGGACGAGAUGGCGAUGGUCCAGUGGUGCGACCGGAACGGGAUCAAACUGGCACACCGCGAUCUGGCGACCAUUACCAUCGAACUGCCUCCUCUCGCCCACAGCGGCGGUCUAACUGCUGGGGGUUCCGCUAGUGUACCCCUUGGGGGUCCCGCAACGGGUAGCCAAGGUUAUGCUGACAGUUCCCUAGGUCAAGGACGGCAGCUGGAGCGGUUGACUUGCGACAUUUUGGAGACAUUUGCGUUUAGUUCGAGUCGGAAACGUAUGGGUAUAAUUCUGCGGGAUCGGACGACAGGUCAAAUUUUAUAUUUAUUAAAAGGCGGUGAAGUAGCAUUGUUGAAGUCGUUAGUUCAACGACCGCAGUGGUUGUUGGAAGAGUUGGAGAGUUUAAGCUCUAGCGGAUUGCGGACGUUAGUGUAUAGUUGGAAAGCAUUAAGUGAGGAGGAGUAUAGUUUGUUUCGUCGUCAUUAUGAUGAGGCUCGGAAUUCGUUGGUGGGACGUAAUCAGAAGUGUCAUGACGUGAUUGACCGGUAUUUGGAGUACGAGAUGCAAUUGGUAGGGUUGACUGGUGUUGAGGACGAGUUGCAGGUAGGUGUUGCUGAUACGGUGGAGAGUUUAUUACAGGCGGGUAUCAAGAUUUGGAUGUUGACGGGUGACAAAGUGGACACGGCAUUGUGUAUUGCGACAAGUGCGGGACUACGUGGUCGUAUGGAUGUGUUUGUUAAAAUCACUGGCGAGAACUGUGUAUCAUCAGCAGAUGUCGCGCACCGUCUGCGACGUGUAGAUCAUGGUCAUGAGUCAGAACAUGUAGUGGUUUGUAUUGAUAACUUCGUGGUCAGUUUGUUACUCGACGACCGCGAGUUGGCUGCUCUCUUCAUGCUUGUUACGGCGCAGGCGAAAUCCGUACUAUGCUGCCGCUGCUCGCCUAGUCAGAAGGCACAGGUCGUCGCACUCAUCAAGAAGACCAGUCCUGGUCUGCGCAUCGCCGCUGUUGGCGAUGGUGGUAACGAUGUGCCCAUGAUCCAAGCCGCACAUUGCGGAAUUGGCAUUCUGGGCAAAGAAGGAAGACAAGCCUCUCUCGCUGCGGACUUUAGUAUCAACCAGUUCCGCCAUCUUAAACGUCUUAUUCUUUGGCACGGUCGGCUAGCACAGUUACGCAGCACGAAACUCUCUGCCUUUAUCAUCCACCGCGGACUCGUUAUUGGUGUUAUUCAAAUUUUCUUCAGCAGCGUCUUCUACUUCACUCCACUCGCCGUCUUCCAGGGAUGGCUACAGGUCGGAUACUCCACCUACUAUACAAUGCUCCCCGUGUUCUCUCUCGUUUACGACCAAGACGUACCACCACAUGUCUGCUUCCUCUUCCCCGAACUUUACAAAACUGAUGAAAACCGAACACUUAACGACCUCACCUUUGCUAAAAUACUCUUCAUGAGCAUCUACCAAGGAGCUGCAAUCAUGGUCGGCGCACUCCUCCUCUUCGACGAACAACUCAUCAACUUCGUUGCCAUCGCCUUCACGGCACUCAUCCUCCUCGAACUACUCAACGUAGCCACCGAAGUUCUCACCUGGCACCGCGCCAUGGUCGUAGCAGAACUCGCCUCCGUUGCCCUCUACCUACUCUCCCUCGUCUGCCUGCCAGAAUACUUCGACCUGACAUUCGUAUUCACCACCACCUUCUGGUACAAGGUCUCCGCUAUCACUGUGCUGAGCUGGCUACCCGUACACUGCUACAAA